AUAUGAUUAAAUAUCUAUAUAUGUAGUAAAAAAAAUUAUAUCAAUUUUUCCUAACAUAUUCUGAAAAUUUGUUUAUCAUUAGCUAUUUAUUGUAUGCAAUUUUGCCGUCAUGGGGUCUCGAACAAGUUGCAUAUUUUGCGAUAUCAUUAAUAACAAAGAACCAAGCGAAAAAAUAUAUGAGGAUAAUUAUGUGACAUGUAUUAAAGAUAUUCAUCCAGUUUCAACGCAUCAUUAUUUAAUAUUGCCAAAAGAACAUAUACGCAAUGCAAAACAACUUAAACCAGAACAUAUUGAACUUUAUGAUAAAAUGCUUGCCGCAAUAGAUAUAAUAUUACAAAAGCAAGGUUUGGAUCGUGCAGUUACACGUACAGGAUUUCAUUGGCCACCAUUUAAUACAGUGUCUCAUUUACAUUUACAUGUUAUUUCUCCUAUAUCCAAUAUAAAAUUUUAUAAAAGAUAUAUGUAUGAACCUGGUUCAUGUUGGUUUGUAAGCACUGAUUAUGUGAAAUCUCGACUUCAAGAUAAUAAAUUAAUUAUAUGAAGUCUCAAUUUGAAGAUAAUAAGUAAUAAUAUAAAAUUUUGUCAACUAUUUAUUAAAAUUUUAUUAUAUCAGGUAAGGUUAAAAUCAAGAUCAGUAACUGUGAUAUUUUUUUUGGUAAAAAGUAAAAUUGUGUUCUUUGAAUAGCAUUGUUAUAACUUAAUAUCCAAACUUUAAUUAAUUUGUUUUGUGAGAUAUAUUGCAAAUAUGUAUUUAUAUUAAAACAUAAAUUAUCAUAUAUAUUUUAA